UGGCAGAUGACGUGGUCCAUUGGUUAUUGGUUUCAUCGCCUGCGAUGGCCGGCCAGCGUCUCAUCCAUCCAUAAACAUCUUUGACCUUCCUGAUAGAUUGAGGUUCGCCAUUACUUGUUGUACAUAUACAGCCUGUGCAUAGUCUUGACCGUCGAAAGAAUCUUGCACAGAACACCGUCAAACUGCCGUACUCCAGCAGUAGCAGUCUCUUCUAUAUCGGCCUUCUCGUCUUCUUACUCACCAUGGCGUUCCAGAUGCCUACAUUUCUCUCACGAUUCCUCCGACCCUUUACCACUUCAGCAUCCCUCCCGCUUCAGCCGGAUGCGCUAGCGGCGAUGCAAUUUCCUCCGAACUCCCAGCGCGCCAUAUUCGCUGGUGGGUGCUUCUGGGGUUUGGAAGAACUAUACCGCAAACACCUGGGCAACGGCAAGGGACUACUUGAUUGCAGGGUGGGAUAUACAGGAGGUCAGACAAAGGCGCCCUCCUACGAGGCCGUGUGCUCAGGCAAAACCGGUCACGCCGAGUCCCUCUUGAUUGUCUUCGACCCGGAGCGAGUCACCUACCCUCAGCUCUGCGAGUUCUUCUUCAGAAUGCACGAUCCCACCACGCUGAAUCGGCAAGGUCCAGAUACCGGCACGCAAUACCGAUCCGCAAUCUAUGCAGAAAAUGACGAACAACUGAAAAUCGCAAACGAAAUCAAGCAAAAGGUUGGAGAUCAAUGGUACAAAGGCAAACCCAUCACCACUGAGGUCCUGCGAGCGACUCAGUGGUAUGAUGCAGAGGAUUAUCACCAAGAUUACCUGCACAAGAGGCCGUACGGCUAUCAGUGCCCGUCGCAUUUUCUUCGAACCUUCCCGGAAUUGAAGUAAGGACGGAAGCUGGAAGGAGAGAAAGAACCAGAUCUUGAGGAGCAGGCGUCCUGGUCUGGGCUGGUAGUGGACCUGACACCCUGAAUAUGAUUAUGAUUAUUCUUGAAAUUUAUACCGUUUUGUACAUCAUUCUAUUAUGGCAACAUAUGCUUUACGCUCAUUGAUGUGUCGUGGUCAGGUCGUAACAAGCCGAAAAUAUCUCUGGCCACCCCAGCGAUUGAUAGUACAAUCGUUAUUGAGAGCACGAC